AUGGAAUUUGCUUUGGUAUAUCACGGAAAUUAUUUAUAAGUAGAAUUUGAUAAAAAGAGUAUUAUAUGUCGUUGAUGAAUGCUUGUAGAGAAAUGAUUAAUUAAUUAGUCGUUAUUUCUUCUUCUCCCCUUCAAACGUACGUAGUUGCUUCGGAUCAUUCUUUAUUUUCUGUUCUUUAUACUUUUGGAUGUUUUUCAGGCUUCCGUAGUGCAUGCAUUGUUUUUUAAAUUUUAACCAUUCUAAUCUGAUACGAGUUUCAGGGAAAUACGCCCGGAUUGCAUUUUCCACACAAGAAAAGCGACGCCACCUUUGCGCAAUGUUCAAAGUAAGUAUUAUGUUACUUGGACACGGGAUUUGUGUAUAAAUUGAUAAGAAACUUGUAUGAAAACUCAAUUCAGUUACUCACUGCACCUCUAACAAUAAGCUAAUCAUUAUUUACUGUACACAAUGUAUUCAGUGUAUUCUGAAAGUUAAACCAAAAAUAUCCAUGUUCAGUUUUGCAAAACAGCGUUGUUCCACAGAUUGAGUUUGUUAACAGACGAAUUAUCGUCACAAAGGUGAAACAUUGUUAAAACAAGGUGUUGUAAAAGGUCGAUUGAAUCCCUUUCAGUAUGCUUGAAGAUAUAAAGUCUCACGUAGAAGACGUCAUGGAGAUUCACGAGACGCCAGCCAGUCCUAGUCCUCCUGUUAGUCCGGACUCGGGUUCGCAAGUGGAACCAAUAAUAAUUCCUACCGAGCGCAGUAUAGACUUCGAUGACAAGCCUGAUAGCAAGCCAGCCUCUCCUGAUCCAAUAGACACACUACCAACCAAAGCCCCCAUCAUCAUACCUACAGAGAGGACGAGCAACGAUUUGAUCCUGUCGCCGCAGCGUUUAUGUAAAAGCGCGGACGACGUGUCGUUCACCGAAUGGGAUAUGCUCGAGGAGAACGAGAAUCAGAUCUCGAGGAACAAAAAUCGGCAGAAGAUCAUUACUUCUAGCCAUGACGUUGUUACAGCGGUCAAAAUGGCGGGAAGUAAUUUAUCUCCAAAGGUGAACGACGGCAGAGCUCAUGUACCUAUGUCGGUGCACCUGUCUCGGCAGAUACAGACCGUGCCAGUCCCCUCUCUGGGCGGUUCCAGAAGAUUGUCGUCGAUUCUAGAAAAGAAUCGGAUGAUGGGAGUGAACACGGACCAGGUUUCGUCGGAAUCUAGGCCUGAAUCGCCUGCGAAUGUGCCUGAUGCUCGGUUAAAGUCACCAGAUUCGGAGAUUCUCUACCCAAAGCUUUGUAAGAAGCCUGGUUCGAAACCUCCGGCGCCGCUGUUGCUUUCACCGCCUCCCGUCUCCACGGAACCGCCAUUGUCCAUAGAAGAUUUGGCUGAAUUGUUGAACGACGAAGACGAUGGCAAAAUGGAGAAGAGCGACAGGUUAAGGGAGGAUCUAGGUAAAUUCAAGAAGGACAAACAGGAGUUAGGUGGCAAUGUGAAAGAUGCAAAGACGUCUAAGUCGUUUGUAUUGACGCAAGAGGAUAUUGACAGCGAGAGUGAGAGGCGUUGGGAGGAGAUAGACAAGCAUAUAGUUAAGUUAACUAGUAGGAAAUGUCUACCCAGUAGUUUAAAUGCUACGCUGGUGACGAAAGCCGAUGCUCUGAAGCUUGGUGAAACAAAGGGAUCAUCUCAGGGUAAUUUAGGUCAUGCUUCUAGUUCGUUUCCGACGAGCACGAGUACCGUCGACGGUAGAAAUGUACCAUCUUCGCCUAGCUCUAAGGCGGAGCCGCGUUUCGCGGACAACUAUGAACGCCAUCCUCGUCAGUUGCGUGACAACCAGGGCCAUGAUAAAGAUAACAUGCACAGCGUGCACUGUCGGCCUGACGACGAUAUGCCCAAUCAGAUGCUGCCUAUGCAUCAUGGCAGUUCGAUUAAAUCGGAUGAUAGAAGCGCUGUGCUGUAUCAGAGGCGUCAGGGGAAUAUCGAGAUGGCACCUAGGAUAGAUAUGGAGUUCCGAAUGGAGGGGCCCGAGUACUUCAACAGGCAAGUACCGAAUCAAGGCCACUGGCCACCCAUGCACGCGCCCGUAAACGCGAAUGAUUUUUGCAACAAUCAGUGGCCACCGUCUUCCAAUUUUAGCGGUAUGCCUAAUUCUCCUGCCCAAACCUAUCCGCAUCCAAUGGGUAUGCCCCAUCAAAUGAACGAUGGCCAGAUGAGGCCUAAUCAAUUCCUUCCAAACAUAAACACUGGUAUCAGGCCUCUGAUGAGUCCCAAUACGAGACCCCCGGAUAUAAACCAUAUUCCACGACCGGAUGAUAUACCCAAUGUUGAUGUACCCAAUGUACCAACCAUACAGCCUUUAAUGUCGCCUACGAGGUUUCCUGUUGGUCCGCAGUACAGGAAUUUUCAGGGCGAGAACAGACCUUACGAGCAACCUUUUGAUAGAGGAAUGGAGUAUCCUCAUCAGAGACAGUCGUGGGAUUCUCCUGUUAAUCGACCGAACGAUGUACCGUAUAGACCAGAGAACGAAGUUCCUUGCGGUGUGAUGGGGCCCGCAGUUGAAGGUUCUUCAGGGCCAUAUCCCAGGCCCAGCACACCUUGUCCCUGGAACAGAGACAGAGACCGUAGCGGUAGAGGACGCAACGCGUAUUACAACGAAAGGAAUAGAGCAGAAUCUAGGAAUAAUUUUAAUCGCGAUAAUUUAACUCGCAGAUCCGAAUGGUCUGAGUGUAAUAGGUUUGGCAGAGACGGUAGAAACGUAUUUGACCGUGACCCAAGGGUACGCACGGAGCACAAUUUAAGUAAUCUAAACUCGAAUCAACCAAGAGAUAAUGGUGCUUCGGUCAGGGAUCCACGGUUAGCUAAGGACAAGCAUUUCCACCCUGGUGGUAAAGGUAAAGACAGUAAUUUCAACGAAAGAGAUCCCAGGAAACGUCUGCCACUGCUUCCAACGCCGACGUUUAGGAAAGUCAAAGAAAAGCCUAAAUCUCCUCCAAAGUCAGUUGAUAGCCAUAAACGCGUGGACGCAGAGAAUAACGCGAAACAAGCACAGGAGAAGAUAAUGAAAGACAAGAAACAGUCACCUUUGGAGAGUUUAUACGGUGUUAUCGAUACGAAAGCGAAGUCCGCACAAGGAUAUUGUUUGCAAAACUUCAAGAUACCUAAAAUAAAACGUAACGAAUCGUCAGAGUCGCCCACGUCAAGUCACAUGUCAGAGGAAAUCAAAGAGUGUUCUGUUGAAAAACAGGAUGACAAAGUUGCUAAGAGGGACAAGGAAGAUUCAACCGCGGAAGUUAGCAGCAGCUGCGAUGGAAACGUACCUCUUGAGAACUGGAACGAGGACAAUGUGACCGAUGAUAAGAAAGAAGAGCAGAAAGAAGAGAACAUUUCCAGUGAAACUCCCGGGAAAGACAAAACCGAUGUGGACAUUAUUGAGUUAGACUCUGUCAGCGCUGUCUCUUCUAAAUUAUCUACCAGCGUUGAGAAACAUAAGAAAGAAGAAAUGGACUCGGAAGGAUCGAAAUCAAAGGACGAAGUAACUCAGGAAUGGAUAGAAACUUUAAUUAGAAAAUCCUUCGAAUUCGGCGAGGGGAAAAAAUUCGUUGAACAGGCAAAGUUUAUGCAAAAGCUGGGUGAAGUAUUGCAGGCGAAAAAACUGAAGAAGAUCAAAAAGAUCAUCGAGUCAGAGUCAGAGAGUAGCAGUUCGGAUAAAGAUGAUACUCCUGAGACGAAGAAAGUCCAGAUGAGGAAGAAACGACGAGUAAUUGUUUCAGAUAGUUCGGACGAAGAAUCUCUUGCUGAAAGAUUUGACAUCCUAAAGACAAUGAACAAAGAGUUGAUUCAAGACGCACCAAUGAAUGACCAGGAAGAAGACGCAAAUAAAAUUCUUGAAAAAGAGAUUGCCAACAUUAAAUCUUCCGAGUCUAGGGGAAAAGAUGCUAAAGAUUCCACUACUCAAAAAGAGAUUACUCAGAGUACUAUUGAAAUUCAAAAUACUAUCGAAAAAAAGGAGGAAUCGAAUGAAGACGAGGUAAACACAGACAAAGAGAAGGACGUUCCAGAAACAUUUAAAAAUAAAGAAGAGUCAACUGAAGAAAAGGAAAUUGUUUUGAAAACACCAAAAGUCAAAGCAAAGAGAAGGAAUUCUCUGGAAAUGUUACAAGAAGAUAUUAGAGAAAUGUUUAUUAGUGAUGGUGUUGUAGCGGCAACUGGUCACAGGUUAUGUAGGACACAGAAAGAAAAUCAAAAUAAUGCAGGUACAAAUUCUUCUAAUCAAAGUAUCGCAAAUACAAAGAAAAAAGAACUUAAAAAAGAAUUAAAAAAAGAAUUAAAUGAUUUAGCGAUAGAUUUUGAUCUAGAAGAAACGGUAGUUUCAUCCAUGUUCUUCAAGCAGAAGAGAUCUACGCGUGUUACUGAGGAAGUAAGUAAGACCAGAGACAAAACAAAGAGAGAAGCGCAAAGAAUCACCAGGCAACGUUCGAAACAAUAUAAUGAGAGUUCAGAUAGUGAAGAGGAUCAGCCACUGGCACUCAGGACAGAGUUAGUUCAAAAUUCUAAUUCAGGAAUUUUGUGCAACCAGGAAGUAUCUAACGAUGAUUCUGAGAUUCUAAGGCGAAGCAAACGUAUAAUUAACAAGGAAACGAUAAAAGAACCACGAGUAGUAGUCGAGAAGACAGACAUUUCCAAGUUGGAGUGUUCUAAAAUAAUGUUUGAUAGCUCUUCUGAUGAGAGUUUUGGGAUAGAUGUAUCUGAAUUGGCUGCAGCUGUGGACAUUUCACUUCAUCCGGAUAAACAGUCUGAAUCUGAAGUACUAGAACAACUGGAAAAGAAAAAAGAUACUCCAUCUUUUCUCAGAAAGUCCACAAGAAAAAAAGGAAGCGAGUUGCUGAAUGAAAAUAAAGAUAAUGUUCAAUUUACUGAUGAAGAAAGUAUUACUUCUGAUAUUUCUAUGUCGAGUAGUACAGCUUCUGGUAAGAGAACAGGUGCUAAUUCAACCAGAGUGGAUACUAACACUAAUAAGAAGCUAUUGAGUAACAUUUUAGUGGGAUUAGAGUCAGUAAAGAAUGAUGCAGAUAAAGACUUAUCAAUAACAGAUAAAGGAAGUGAUGCGGACGUUGAUGAUGAUGUUAAUGAUCAAUUACCUAUUGAAUCGAGUGCGAAAAAGUCUUCAACCAAGAAAAAGAAGAAAAAGUGUAACUGGCAGAUGGGUAUUCUGUCUAAAAAAAGAAGGAAAAAGACUCUUAUAACUUCUUCUCCCAAGGGCGAUUGCGAUGUUAAUACUAGUUCUGAACUGGAUAUUUCUAACAAAAUAGAUCCCAUUUCAGAAAGUUCAAUAAACAAAGAUAACAAUUCACUCAAUAAUACAGAUCAGAAUAUUUCGGAAAAGCUUGGUGGGGAUGAUGUUAAAGAUGUUAAUUCUAGUGAAGUCCUUCAAGAUAAUUCAAAAGGUGAUAAAGAAAGUAUACUUAUUAUAUCGGAUACUAUAGAAUCUUCUUCAAGUACAGCUUCUGCUAAUGAAACAAAAACACAAUCAUUGGAAGUCAAAGAUAAAGAACAAAUUAAUAGUAAUGCUGAAAAGAGCAUUGUUAAGAACAAAACUGACAUAGACAAAUCUUUUUCUGAAAUAGAUAUAAAAAAAUUGAUUGAUCAUGUUUGUACAGGGCAAGAAAGGUAUAAAUGCUUGCUUUGCUCUUUUACUGGCAAAAGUAUCGUUCAUCAUUACAAGUUAAGUCAUCCAGGAAAGGAAAUUUUAAUUUCUAGAUUGAAACAAUCAGAUGCUCUAUUGGCUAUUCAAGAUGCAAGUGACAAUGACGUAGAAAAUUCAUCAUCGAAUCCUCUGACAGAGAAAACUUCUAAAUUUCGUUGCAGAUUUUGCUCUUUAUUUACUGAAGGAGCUACAAAGAUUGCAAUGGAAGCAUUUUAUGAACACUGUACUACUCACACAGGAGAAUACAGAUUUCAGUGCAACAGUUGUCCUUAUCAAGCUGUAGCCAAAUCCUCCAUGAGGACUCAUUAUUACAAAGUAUGUCGAAAGUUUAAAGACACUUUUGCUGAAGCCAUAGCUGAGGACGAAAUACCCGACGAAAAUCGUAUUUAUGGUUAUUUAUGCUCAUGUUGCAAUUUUGUUCAAUUAAAAAAGUGUAAUGUGGAAGAACAUGUUAAUUUGUGGCAUAAAGAUGAUUCGACUGUUAAGAUCAUUAAGAUAAACAUGUCCUUGGAUGCGGUCGAUGACGAACCUGAUGAACAAAAUGUUGAUGUUCCAGAAAAAAAGGUGAAGGUAGAAAUAACUCAAUCAAGUGUAAAGGAGGAAUCGCUAAAUGAAGUCGUAAAUCCCGUUGAACAGACUGAUGAUGAUAUCACUGAGAUAAAAGUGAUUCAGAAGGAUACAACUUCUGAUGAGAAGAUAAAAGAUAAACCUGAAGUUAAACAGCAAGAAGAGAAUCAUCCUGUAUCAGACGUUACUACUGAUGAAGAAAAGAAGAAAUCACUACAAACGGAUGCGGAUUCCAGUUUGCCAUCUGGAAAUUUGAGUGUGUUCGUUUGUCCACCGGAAUUGGAAAAGAAGGAAGUAGAAAUUCAAUUGGAACGGAAGAAGAAAAUGCAGGAAAUUAUCCAAAAUAUUGGCAUUAAAUUGCAAAGGGAUGCGUCUAAAAAAGGUUUAUCUAUAAUAGACAAACUGAAGGAUAAAAUGAAGACUAACUUAACGAGUAGUAACUCAAGUAAUGAAUCUGAUUCUAAUAUAAUAUUAAAUUCUCCGGAUAAAACUUCAAUUAAUAUCACUACUUCACUAACUUCACCGUCGUCACCAACGCCGUCUCAAAAUAAUACCACUGAAGUGUCUGACAACUCUGAAGUUCCUUCAGUGGUACAUUCAGAAAAGAAGGAAACUUUAAAUGAUAAACAACCUCAGGAGGACAGUACCUCAGACAUAACACAGUCACCUGAUGCAAAGUGUGAUUGUCAGCCUAUAUCUGAAACAGAUCCAACAGAUUCAACGGCUAAUGAUCCAUUAGUAAUGUCAGAUGCGAAAAAGAAUAAAGAAAGCGACAUAGAAACUAGCGAUAACGAGAAUAUGAAGGAUGAUGCACCAAUUUAUGAGUCUGAUUUUAGUAGCGAACAAUCAGACAGUGAAUUGCCUACCGACGUUAACAUGAUCUUGAAGGAAACUUCAAAUAUAAAUGCAUCUUGCAAGGACCCAAUGCUUACCACUAUACAAAGAUUAGCUGCUCAACUUCAAGCAACAAAGCAAGAUGAAACUUCUUCUAAACCUGAGGAAUCUAAAAGGGCAUUUCCUUUUAGUUCUAUCCCCAAGCCACCAGACGUGGUUCCCAUAUCUAAUAUUAAAAAAUUUAUUGGAAAAAAGGAAACUAGAUACCAUGAAAUAUCACAGGACUCACCUGAUGAUGGUGAUCUAUCUAAGAGCUUCAUCCGAUUGAGACGUCUUAGCGGAGAUAUGUUAUCGGCAUCCACGCAAUCCUCAGGCGUUCAAGAAGAUGCGGGCCAGUCUAGUAGUACUCCAGUCUCUACUACUCCAGAUAAAAUAAAUUCCGCGUUAAAGCCAGAUAUUGAGGAAGAGUGUUCAUUUUUGAAAAUCGAAAAUGUAGUUAGCCUGGCACCAAAAACCGAUGGCGCUGAAAGUCCUAUUAUAAAUGAUAUAAGAAAAGCAGUUGAGACUCCUUCAAUAAAAAACAAAGGCAUAUCUCUGUUGAAAAAGUCUAAAAAUUCGCCUAUAAUUUUAAAGAGACUCAAUACUGUGACUAUUACACAGCCAUUAACGAAGAAUAUGCAAACAGUGCAGUCCACAUCAGAAACAGUGAAGUUAAUUCCAGUGAAAAGUAUAUCCCCUUCUCCAGUUGUAACUACCACUCAGCUUACUACCAAUUUUAUCCCGAUUGCGCCAAAAUCCAACAAGUUGUCUUUUCCCAUUUCACCUCCGGCGACUACUCGAUCCGUCAAUGUUAGUGGAUCGCCGCAACCAUCUCAGAGUUUGAAUUACAAAAUCGUGAAGGUGGUCCGAGCGCCCACUGUAAUAAAACAGAAAGAACCUUUAGCCUCGGCGAUUAAAUUAAAAUCCGCAGACGCGUACAAAGCGAUGUUAAAAGCCACUAAAUUGAUUCAUUUGUACAAAUGUAUGGCGCGUGAUUGUCGCUUCACUACUGAUAUAUUGGCGAUAUAUCAACAGCAUUAUCUUCAACACGCCAGAGAAGUCCAACGCUCAAUGAUGCCACCGCCAUAUGAUUACCAAAAAUGUGCUUAUUGUUACAUGAUAUUGGAAGAUUGGAAUCAAAUGAAAACACAUAUCGACGAGAAGCAUGCACACUGUCGUUAUCAGUGCAUGUACUGUUUUUACAGAGCUAUUGUACCUUCUUAUGUGCAGAUACAUCAGAUAAUGACUCAUCCUAAAAAUCGUGGUCUUCUACUUAGCAAAAAGAAAGAAUUUCCCAAAGAAGAAAUCAAUCGACACGACACAAUACAUCCUUACGUGUGCUACCAGGAUUGCGGAAAGUUCUUCUACGUUCCUGAAUCUUUUAUAUCACACUUAAAGAAUAAACACGGAAUGCCUAUUUCUGGCUAUAAAUGUCACAUAUGUCGUGUUACUUGCAUGAAAAUCGAUCAACUAAUGACGCACUAUAAAACGCACGGGUUUUACAAAUUCCAAUGCUUGUAUUGUUUGAAUGGAUCAGAUCACUUUAAUGAAAUGCAUAAACAUCUGAGCCUGUUUCAUUGUAAUCGAUUACCUCAGGUUCUCGAAAGGACUCUUUCUCCUCAGCCAAUACGAAACAGAGAUGUGAUAGAUCAAUUAAUUAUAAGAACGUUUGAUGACACUUUGAAAAUCACAGAAGAAGUAAUUGAUCUGGAGAACGAAGAAAAGGACAAUAGCAGCAAAGAGGUUGAUGUAGACAUUGCUAACACGUCUCCGUCUCACAAGAUAUUUUAUCCUCAAUUGUCUAAAGAUGUAUCUUUGUUGAACAAAGAUGAAAAUGACGUGUUAAAUAUAGCUAGUUUAUUCGAAACUGAUAAUAAUUCAAAUAGUUCUACGAAUGCUAAUAUUUCACAACACGAAAAAUCAUUGAAUGAAAGCUCUAAUGAUAGUUUAGUGAACAAGAUAUUUGGAAGUUUGAUAAAUGACUCUGAGAUUUCGGUAACGUCAAUUUCGAACAAAGAAUCCGUAGAUAAAAGUUUAAUAGAUAAAUCUAAAAAAACGAGCGUCCCGUCCGAUAAAGUCUCCGCGGAAUUGAUAGUAUCUUCUGAAGGAACAUUUGAUAGCAACGACGAAUUUAUAAAUAUUAAUUUGCUGGACAAUCCUGAUUUCGUGAAAAAAAUCAAUCAUACCAUUAACGUAACUCACGUGCCUGCUUCGUCUACGAGUAAAAUGGAAGAUAGCGACAUUGAAAUUGUGGACAUUGAUGAUACGGAGAUUAUUCCAACAAAAAAUAUAAAAUCCGAGUCAAAUAGGAAAGAUAGUACUGAUGUAAGUGAGAAAGCAAACGUAGAUCCAGAAAAGGAUAUGAAAGAACAAUCUUCUGUCGAUAUGAAAGAUUCAAAUGCAUCUUGCAAUGCCAGUGAAAGUUCUACUACAAAAAUGGACAAACCCUUAACUUUGGACGACAUUAAAGAUACUGGCUUCUCAGGAGCACAAUUGUACAAGUGUGGUUACGAAACGUGUGACCAUAGUGCACAAACUGCGGCUCAGUUGAGGAUACACAUGAAGGAAUGUACCUUAAGUGGCGAGAAUAAAAAUCUGACUUGCGCUCAUUGUAGCAAACGGUUUUUGAAAGUUGGAUUUUUACUGGAGCAUUUGAAAUCACAUGGGUUAAAGCGAUUUGGUUGUUCAUUAUGUAAAAUGAGAUGUACAGUGGGUUACCAAGCAAUGGCGCAUAUGAAGGUGAAACAUAAAUAUGCGUACAGUAAAUUAGUUCCGGCUGAUCCAAAAAAUCCAUCUGCUGAUGGGUUGUUCAUCGUACAACCUAUUCGGCAAAAUGUAGAGCGUAAGAGGAAGAAACGGAAAAAUAAUACAAAGUCAAAUGAAAAAGACAGUGAGAAAGUAAUGGUGGACAUUGAGAAAUUCAGCUUCGGCCCUGAUGAAAUAGAUUCCCUGCCACGUCAAGCGAUCUACAACCGUGAAGUGCAAUGUGCCGUGUGUCCAUAUACGACAAAAGUUCGUAUGAAUAUUAUUAGACACUUGCAACUGCACGCAAAGGAUGAGAGCGUGCCAGAGAGUGGUCCGGUUAAUCCUGUGCCUUGUUUGGAUAAGAAAGAACGAAUGUUUGAUAAGAUGGUCAAUCUGGCGAGUAGUUCUCAUCAGAAUGGUCGAAUGGGAGGGAAACCUAAGGAGAUUAAUAAAAAUAACGACGACGAGUUCAUCCCGAAAUUUGUACCGGAGCACAAGAGAUACGUGUGUGGUGUAGCUGAAUGCAAUUAUUUAACGGUCAAUGAGGCAAUGUUACGAUGUCAUUUAAAGGCUUUGCAUUCCGAGGAACAGUAUUUCCGGUGUCCUCAUUGCCCACAACCACCAUCGGGUCAAGAGGGAUUAAAUAUUGCGAUUGAUAAAAUGACCGUUCAUUUGAAAAUGCACGAUACCAGACUUUAUAAAUGUUCUCACUGCAAUCAUCAUCAUUAUCAUAGUUCAUUUUCUAUGCUUUCUAAUAGUAACAAAAUAUUGUCUAGACACAUUGUGGAGAGACAUCUUUCCGACAAACAUCCUGAGAAAAGGCCGUUUGUAAAGGUAAUCAGGGAGUUAGAAAACACGGAGAACAAUCAACAAUCCAUACAAGAAGAGAUUGAGGAGGAAGUGCCAGAUCCAGAUGGGAAUCAUUGGAAGUGCAACAUUUGUGAUUACAAAUGCGUGUAUAAAGCGGAGAUGAUCAAUCAUACGUCCGCGACUCACGACGAGAAGUGCCAAUAUAAAUGUAAUUCGUGUUCCUUUAAAACCAACGGCAAAAUUAUAUUUGAGCAACAUAUUAAUAACAAGCAUCCUAAGGAUUUAAACGUUGAUUAUGUUUUAAUGUAUCAACGAAUAAAAGGUGUGAACAAAAAGACAGCAGAUGGUGUAGAACAGGCUGGGCAGGAUGAACCGUUUGAUACUACUCCGCUUUGGAGACGAGACAUGCCUCGGAUCAGACACAUUCGUGGAAUUCUUCUCGAAGAAGAAAACGAAGCGUCAACGGAAUUGUCUUUGAAGUUUGGAAAACGGAAGAGCGACACGGAAUUGUCAGCACCUAAACCGGCCAAAAUAAAGUCGGGAAAAUCUAAUUCAUUGGACGACAGCAAGCAAAUGAAAGAAAAAUCUAAACGAUCAUUGUCUUGUGACAAGGUACCAGAAGAAAUAGAAUCUGCGAGUAGCACCCCUAAUAUAACAGAAAAGGAAAUUAAACCUAAACUGAUCGAAGAUAACGAUUUUAACGAAUCCGAUAUUGGAAGGUUUGGUCCUUAUGGAAAAGCAGAUGGUAAUAUGUAUGUCUGUACAUUGUGCACACAGUUUAAAACUAAGUACAAGCAUGAUAUGAGGGAUCAUUUAUACAGAGAAUUGAAUUAUGCUAGAUGGCACUGUAAGGAAUGUGGAUACUUGUCUGUGAACCGUAACGCCUUAUUGAAACAUUUUACUAAACAUCACAAUGGAGAACGUCCUAAUUAUGAACCGUUAUCUCCGGAUGAUGAUAUCGAAGAAUGGGUUGGCAUGCUAUUGAAGAAACAAACACUAAUGAUAAAAGGAAUAUUAACUAAGCAAAACGCAAGUAACGUAGAAAGUUCUGCUACUACAACAAACGUAGAUGGAAAUGAUUCAAAACCACCUGUGGCUAAGGUCGGCCAAAACAUUGUUGGCAAAACUUCAAAAACUACAAAUAAACAGAAUAAGGAACAAACUACCAAAAAUAGCUUCAAAGUGCAAGAUGAGAAUAAUAAAGAUGACGUGAUUCCCAUUGCCGAUGUAAAGAGUGAGAGCGGACCAUCAAAGAAGAAAACUGGGAAAACGAGUUAUCUUGAAAAAGGCGGGCCAGAAGAGAAACAGGAAAAGCCAUUUAUUUGUAAACAUUGCAAAAUGACUUUCUUCCGAUGGCGCGGUUUUAAACUACACAUACAGUUAACACACUUGAAACGACUUGGAUUUAUUUGUCCUUACUGUGACCGUAGCACAAACUCAGAGGGUUUGAUGCGUCAACAUAUUCGUUCCAAGCAUCCCGGUUGUGCUGAGAAAAUAAUUGAGAACCCCGCGGCUGGCGGGCCAGAAUUGCCGGAAGAAUUUUGGCAACAAGAGUACGGGAUCGUGUUUCCUAAAAGAAACAAGAAACGAAAAAAGAUGAGCGGGGAAGAAGUCGCGGAGAAGAGCGAUGGCCAAUUCAAUAUCGAGCCGCAGGAGAAGUGUAACAUGUGCAAUUUCACCGCCAUGAAUACGACCGGUCUCAAAAUACACAUGAGGGUACACGCGAUCAAAACAUUACUGAAAUGUUCUUAUUGUAGUUUCACCGCACCGACGAACUCGGAAGUCUGGGAACAUUGGGAUAUCAAUCAUUCUGAUUCGUUUUUAGCAUUUAAAGUCGAAGACAUAUCUCCACCUGAAUCGUCUGGCGAAUCUACGAAGAUAGAACAGGAUAAGAAAGUUAAUGCCGACGACUACAGCAAUGAUAUAGAAGAAGAGCAGAUCUCUGACGCGAGAGAAGAAGAAUCUUUGGAUAUAGUUCAAAAUGAUUGGGACGUAAUGAACAAUGAACCGACAUUGCAGAUCGAUUCUCCUAAAACAAAGUCGAACUAUCCAUUCAGAUACAAAGACAUGCGCGUGUCGUCGGAGAAAGCUCAAUGCUCGAAAACGCAAGCAGAAAACCCUUACGAGUUGUAUCUACAACAGUCGCAUAGCGACGUACAGCAAGUCGAGAGUUUUGGAUCGGAGCAAGAAGGUUGGAUUUGUCAAUGGUGUAACGAGUUAUGUGAUUCCGAGAUCAAAAUGAAAAGACAUCAUGACAUGUUCCAUUCGCACUUGCCGUUGAACUUCAAGAACCAAGAAAAGACUAGCGUGUCUCAAGGAUACAUUUGUCCCGAGUGCCCGUUCACCACAACACUUCUUAACGUUAUGAAGAACCAUGUGUCCAAGCAUAUAAAUUUGUUUAAAUGUAAAUAUUGUAAUAAAUCUUUUAGCUGUCCGUCGGACGUCUCCACGCACAACACUGAAGAACAUCCUGACAUGGAAUUGAAGAUAGAAAGUAUACAGAAUUACGAGUCAUUGCUCGAGAAGAUGAUGGUUAAAGUCACGUGGCAGAAACCUGAAACUAGUUCUCAUAAAAACAAAGAUUCAGAACCGUCAACAUCGGAAUUACCACGGAAGAACAACGCAGUAGCGAAAAAGUCUACCGCUAAGAGUGCAAUUCGUCUGAACACUAUGCCCUACAGGGUAAAAGCGGUGGCAAGAAAAUCUACUAAUCCAUAUUCGAGAUAUCUUACUAGUAAUAAAAUGCAAGAUAAGCAACAAGAAACGAAGAGUAAACAGUUUUCUUAUUAUGGUGGUCCUAGAAGUCCUGUUAAUUUAGCCAAAUUGAACACGUACAUGGUAGUUGGCGGACAUCGAAUGAAAGUGAACUGCACCACUCUUGCGCAGUUGAUCAACAUCAACCCGAAGAUAAUAUUGAAAGAUCUCAAAAAUGAUAUCAAAAACGUUCCAGCACUUAAGAAAUUAAAACAAUGA